AUGAAGUCGCACGCAGCACUCGCCAUCGGUGCAGUCCUCGUGGCUGCCUCUGCUGUAGAGGCAGAGCGCCCAGCUUUUGUGGUGAGUCUCUUCACUGUCCGCAUCCGUUACACAGGCGCUCUCACUCAGACGAGUUCUGCUCGCAUCACAGCCCACUUCCAUCAAGGCGCCCUUCCUGGAGCAGUUCACUGGAGACUGGUCCGAGCGAUGGUCCCCCUCUGCAUCCACCAAGGAGCAGUCAGGUGGUGAAGUGUUUGCCUACUCUGGUGAAUGGAGCGUCGAGGAGCCGACGGUAUUUCCAGGACUCGAGGGAGACGCUGGGCUGGUUGCCAAGUCGAAGGCAGCGCAGCACGCCAUCUCUGCCCAAUUUCCUGCACCUGUCGAUGUAAAAAAGGCUAUGAAGGAGGGCAAGCCAUUCGUGGUGCAGUACGAGACAAAGCUCCAGAAUGGUCUGACCUGCGGCGGAGCGUACAUGAAGCUCCUUAGCGAAAGUCCUGAAGGCAUCCAAGCGAAAGAGUUCAGCGACAAGACGCCGUGAGUCCAUCUCCAGGCAUGGCAGACGUGCGGUGGAGGUAGAGGCAGACGCAUUGGCUCAAAAUCCGCUCACUUGUCAUUUCUUGACCGCAGAUACACGAUCAUGUUCGGCCCUGACAAGGUGAGCUCUGCUGAUCGACUGCUGACAGGGCAAGAGCUCAGCGCAUGGCCAUGCUGAUGCUGAUGCGUCAUUGCUCUUCCUCAUCCACUCCAGUGCGGCUCCACGAACAAAGUGCACUUCAUUUUCAGACACAAGAAUCCAAAGACUGGAGAGCUGGAAGAGAAGCACCUCGCUAAUCCUCCUUAUCCUAAGCUUGCCAAAACCAGCGCACUGUAUACUCUUAUCGUCAAGUGAGUAGGGCAGCAUCUCGGUCUUGCAUAUUAAGCUAACAUCGACAUCUCUGCGCCAAGCCCUGAUCAAACCUACGAGAUCUUGAUCAACAACGAGUCCAAGAAGAAGGGUAGCUUGCUGGAGGACUUUGAGCCUCCUGUCAACCCACCAAAGGAGAUUGGUGAGGUUUCCUCGUGCGAGAUCAGUAUUUGCAGGACAACUCUGAUUGUCUGCUGCUGUUCUCGCUGCAGAUGACCCGGAGGACAAGAAGCCCGCUGACUGGGUUGACACUCCGAAGAUUGUUGAUCCCGAUGCCAAGAAACCAGAUGAUUGGGACGAAGAUGUGAGUGUACAAGUCCCAACGCUUGAGGCAUACCAGGCUCACGACAAGCCGGCUGUCGAUUGCAGGCCCCCGCUGCUAUUCCCGAUGAGGACGCUGUGAAGCCGGAAGGCUGGCUGGAUGAUGAGCCCGCAGUGGUGCCGGAUCCCGAUGCCAAAAAGCCAGAGGAGUGGGACGACGAGGAAGACGGCGAAUGGACGGCUGCACUGGUACCCAACCCCAAGUGCACGACGGCGCCAGGCUGUGGCCCUUGGAUUAGGCCAUCAAAGAGCAAUCCUGAUUUCAAAGGUCCGUGGAACGCGCCUCUCAUUGACAAUCCCGCGUACAAGGGCGAGUGGAAGCCGGCAAAGAUCCCGAACCCCAAGUUCUUCGAGGAUCUCGAGCCUUCUCAUUUCACAAGCAUCGCUGCCGUUGGGUACGAGAUCUGGACCAUGGAUGAGAACAUCCUCUUCGACAACAUCUACGUCGGACAUAGCGUAGAGGACGCCAAGACACUUGCAGAAGAAUCUUGGGCGAAGAAGCUGAAAGUUGAGCAAGGAUUGGAGGAGAAGGAGGAAGCUGCCAAGAAGGAGGAAGAGAAGAAGGCUAGCAAGGCUGCUAGUGGACCUGGUGUCGUUGCGCAAGUGCGCGAGAAACUCGAAGACUUUAUCGCAGCUGCGCGCCAAGACCCCGUCGGCGCCAUCAAAGCCCAGCCAGAUGUGGCGGGUGGCAUCGGAGCGGCUAUCGCUGGUGGUCUCGCUUUCAUUGGCCUGCUCGGCGGUCUGCUUGGUGGUGGAGGAGCUGCCAAAGCACCUGCCAAAAAGGCAUCGACCGCCUCGAAGGGCAAAAAAGUGGAUGAGCCAAAGGCCAAAUCCACUGCCGUCGCUGACGCGUCCGACGUCAAAAAGCGCUCAACAAAGGCGACGGUAGAGGAUGAGUAA